AUGUCCUUGAUCCCUCGUCCUCGACCUCAAGUUGUUGUCAAUGGAGUCCAGAGAAUGAGAACUUUCCAUUAUUAUUGGUGUCGUCAAUGCCAAAGAUCAAUCAGGACAACUUCAGUCAAUCCAUCUGAAAUAUUAUGUCCUCGUUGUUUUGGCCAAAUUCACUAUGGUCUUGAUGUUUCAAGGCGUAGGCUAGUCCUUUCGGAUGUCACCAGGCUACAACCAUCUCCAAAUUCGCGUCUUCUUGAUGCCUUGGCUCUAAUUCUUGAUCCGUCAAUUAGGCUACAAAAUCUUGAUCAUGGUAACGAAAAUUAUCAGCUUAGACAACAUGCUCGAACCAUUCUCCAAUUUAUAGGCCCUGAUGAAAAUAUACUUUCUUUACAAGCAAGUAAUACUUCCCUGGAAUCGUCAAACGAAAAUGGGGUGGAAGAGUUGAUUCGAAAUGAUAGGCCAGGGCCAUCUUCAGCAAAUGAUGCAUUGCCAAAAGUUGUACUAACAGAUGGAUAUUUGGCUAAUGACACUGUUUGUCCUGUUUGUAAGGAUGAGUUUGAAGUUGGGAGUGAAGUUAGGGAGCUGCCCUGCAAACAUUUUUAUCAUUCUGAAUGCAUUUUUCCAUGGCUGGAAAACCAUAAUACUUGUCCGGUUUGUCGAUAUCAGCUGCAAGGAUUCACUAAUAACUAUGAUGUUCAACAAAGAAAUUACAUCAAUAGUAGAGAUAAUUUAGAUGAUGAAGAAGAGGAAGAAGACAUGAGGAACCCUUUAGUAUGGGGUUUGGCUAGGCUUAUGUCUUUGUGGCCUGUCAAUUUGCUAUCUAGUUGGAUACAAAGAUACUUCAAUUACCCUCUUGAUAAUACUACCACUGAUUUUCUUGGAGGUGAGAUUUGGGUUCAACCCCUUUCUUUCUUUCUUUCUUAG